CGAGCCCAGUACCAGGACAAACUGGCAAGGCAGCGCUACGAUGAACAGAUGCGACAGCAGCAACUCGCUAACGAAGAGAAUCUGAGGAAGCAGGAAGAAUCUGUACAGAAGCAGGAAGCCAUGAGGCGUGCUACGGUAGAGCGAGAGAUGGAGCUGCGGCAUAAGAAUGAAAUGCUGCGUGUCGAGGCGGAGGCAAAAGCCCGUGCCAAGGCUGAGCGGGAGAACGCAGACAUCAUUCGGGAGCAGAUCCGCUUGAAAGCUGCUGAGCAUCGCCAGACGGUGUUGGAGUCCCUCAAGACAGCUGGGAUGCUCUUCGGGGAAGGAUUCCGUGCUUUUGUAACAGACUGGGAUAAAGUUACAGCCACGGUAAGAUUGUAA